UUUAAAUUCGCAUUAAUCAUUCACAGAAAACAAGUAUCAUGGGUACUUUAAGUCUUAGAAUGUAAGGAUGCGAAAUCCAUCGUUUUCUAAGUAGGAAGAAAACGGGCAGAUUGAAGUGAAGGCUCAGUGAAGUGAUUGCAAGUCUGAGGGGGAGAGAGAGAGAGCGAGAGAGAGCGCAGGAGUGAGUGAGAGAGAGAGCGAGAGAGAGGGAGUGGGGAGACCAUGAGCACAGGACGUAGGCCUAGCCGUGGUGGCGUGGUGCAGAUCCGCUUUCACAAAUUGGAAAAAACGGACGGUAGAGGUCAAAAUUUCAAAAGAUUUGCACCGGUUUUAUCAUAGGUGAAGUGUAAAUGGUAAGAAUUUGAUAGAUUGAUUUAGAUCAGUGGAGGUAUUUUCUUUAUUUUGCGCGGUUCCCGAGUUGGAACAAAUCGGUUUUUUUUUCCUUUGGUGGGCAUGCAUGUGCGCGAGCUCGCGUGUUCUAGUGCACGCGCGUGCGCGGGUUUCUUCUCGCCAGUGUGACAGGGCCGUGUGAAGGAUUUAGUGGGAUGGAACCAUGAAGGCAUGGAUCAGACAUGUGAACUAACAGUCAAUGAUGUGUUGAUUCCCUAUUGUAAUGCCCUGCAGUUUAAGCCUAAUUGUGACCGUGCCCCCCUUGAAAGUGGCUAUGGGGCAGUGGGUGGCAUAGGUUCCACCUGUGGGAUGCAGGUAUCCACAAGUACAGUUCUUAAAAACGGAAGUUCACAUACAUUUGAUGAGCAGGAUUCUUCAGACUGCUAUAUUCCCCUGCGCAAGUUACAAGAUCUAACAUCCAUGGUUAACCGGACAGAUUUGGGAUUCAGAGAGAGAGAGCAGCAAGAACUCAAUGAUUUGCACAUUCAGGACUCAAUGGGGACAGACUUCAUGUCAGAUUCCCAAAUUCUGUCAAUGUCCCCCAAGAAUAGUGACAUUGUUUCAACAAGGCAAGUGGUGGAAAUGGCCUGGCCCUCUCUUGCUGUCACUAAUCAUAGUAAAGAAUGUGUAAAUAUAACUUCGAAUGGCUGUUUGCACUUAGAACCAACUGCAUCUGUGAAUCAAGCACAGAGUAGUGAUGGUGAAAUGGAAGAAAAUAAAGGAGGUCAUAUAGAAGAAUUUAUGUCAGACUCUGAUAAAUGUGAAAGGAUAGCUAAACAAGAUUUUGAUUUACUUCCGGAUAUGUUUGAUAAACCCAGUUCUCAACAGAAAUCCAAUUAUGAAACUUCUAUUGAUGUCAGCUGUUUGUCUGAAACUAGUUUGCCUAAUAAUAAUGUUGAUGGUUCAGUGUCAGAUACAUUGGAUUCUGCUUUGGAAAGUUUGGAUAUGGUUGCAGAAGGUUCAGAGUGUGAUUUGGGAUUAUUGCAGAGCAUUACUUCUGGGACAAGGAACGGAGGAAAUGAGAAAGCAGAGACUCGUAACAGGUCUGACACUCCAAGUUCAAGAAAGUCCAGCACUCGCGUUAAACCUGAACAAAGCAGAACUGAGUUGCGUGAGAAAUCUGCAGAUGCAUCUCAAUCAAGUUCUACAUACAGUCCAAAGAAGAAAUGUAUUCCAGUGAAGUAUGAAGUUGGUGAUUUGGUCUGGGCAAAGUUCAACCGUAGGCCAUGGUGGCCUUGUAAGGUCUGUUUUGAUCCACUUUUCAGUGCCCAUUCAAGGAUGAAAGAACCCAGUAGAAGACCCUGCCGUCAGUACUAUAUCCAGACCUUUGGAGAGAUGCUGGAUCAGGCAUGGGUGGCAGGGAAGGCCAUUUUCCCUUUCAAAGGACGUCACCAAUUUGAUGAACUUCCUGUGUUGCGCAGGCGGGGAAAGCAAAAAGAUAAAAACUACAAAUAUAAGAUUCCUUCACGGUUCAUGGAGGUUUGGAAAUCUGGUCUAGUGGAAGCUGAAGCUGCACUUCCGGAACCUAUGAAAAACACCUUUGCCAAAAAUGCCACAUUAGAAAACAUCAAAAAAGAACAACCUGUUGAAGAUAUUAAAAUAUCUGUGGUAUCUACAGCCUUGCCUUCAAUAUGUAAUUUGUCUAAUGGUAAAAUAGAGUCUUCAAAGAAGCGGAAGGAAAAGCAGCUAGCUAACAGCACUAAUCACUCACUAAAACAUUUGUGUAGCUCUAAAAGAGCAAAGUCCUCAAGAAAGGAAGAAGACACUAUCAGAAAGAAAACAUCUAGGACAUCAUGUCAAAGAAAACAUCUUUCUCAUUCAUUAAAUUCAUCCUCAUCUAAUAUUGACCCCAUACCAAGGAUUCUUUGUUCAAAAGUUCCUAAACGUACUCCUGAGCACAAGGAAUUAAAAUCUGGUAAACAAAGUGAAAAUAAUUGUCAUUUUCCACAAGUAAACCAUAAACAAUUAAACAAAAGCAUAAUAAAAGACGUUUUUACUGAAGACAAUAGUACAGAUUCUGAGUCUGAGAACAGCUUACUUGAUAGCCAUUUUUUGCAUGCCACAGAAAAAGAUGAUAAUAUUGACUUAAAUGGGAAGAACAGGCACAAGGUGUCCAAGUGUCUGACAGCCAGUAAGCGCUUAAUGAAAAGAGCUUUGAAAGUUAUAAAACAUACAGCAAAAGAAGAUCAUAUCUAUGUUAACAGGAUUAUACAAAAAGUAUUGUCCAAUGGUGACCUUGAUAAAGACCCUGACAGCUGUAAAGUAGAAAGUGUAUGUGUAAAUAACAGUUGUAAAAAAAAGAUUAAACAAUCAGAGAUGCCAUAUUCUAAUUUAAUGGAGUCAAAUCUGACUGUUGAUUCACAGUGUGCUUUAUCAGAUAUUGAGUGCCCCAGUUUAUCUUUGAAAUUACCCAGGCCGAAGUCUGAAAAGAAAAGUGUUGAUUUUCCAAAGAAUACUGAAGAAGAAGAACAUAGUUUGAAGCCUCCAGAUUCUUUGAAUACUUCUGAAGAAACUUGUGUGACGGAGAAAAUUGUGGAUAAGAUUUUUGAAAAAGAAGAUGAAUCAAAGGUAUCUCCUUUAUCUGCCACUGUUUCUUCCUCCACUACCAGUGUAUCAGUAUUUGAUGGUACUGUUGUGAAACAAGCUCUUGGAGAUGUAAAGGAGAUAUCUUUACGAUCUGUGAUCAGUGAAGAUGGUGGGCCUGCCAGACAUGCUACUUUACGUCCAGACUCCAACUAUAAGUUUAGUACCUUGUUGAUGCUGUUGAAGGACAUGCAUGACAGUCGUGCUCGAGAUGAAUCCAACAUGGUUGUAGGACAGGCUGCCCAGAGCUCCACUUUUGUUUCUUGCAACAAUUCGUUGACUAUUGAGAAAUCUAAAUCCUCAUCUGGUAGUUGUUGGUCUUUGAUUUCAGACAAUGAAAACAAAUCUUCAGAACCACCUAAAACAAUUAGUGAAAGUGAUAGCACUCUAGACAAAGAGGCAAGGUCAGACAACAAAAUGCGAAACAGACAGAGUAACCAAAACACGCAAAAUCCUAAUUUUUCCUGUACACAAAAAAUGAGCUAUUUGUCAAAAAAUAAGCAGUCAAAAUCUAAAGGUGAAACUUUAAAAUCAGUCACUGAAAAAGGAAACUCCUCUGGUGAUUCCAGAUAUUAUAAGGCUAUGUGCAAAAGUCGGAAGGUCCAUGUUGAUUUGCAUAGACGCUCCAGAAAAAAACGUCUCCUCAUGGCCAAAAAGCGUAAUCGUACCGUGCCUUUGGAAUUGGCAGAACACGCUUAUGGAAAAGACUGCAGUUAUGCCCAUAGUGAUGUUAGACAGUCAAAAGUUGGUGUUCGAUUCCACAGAGAAACUUCUUCAGCCUUUGCACUAACCAGUGAGGACAAGAGCUCUGUGGAUUUGAACUGUGUUGCCCCCAAAAAACGGUGGCAAAAAUUUGAGAGCUCUGAGAAACAUUCUGAAAGCUAUAUUGUGUGUGAAUCUAACACAGAGACAAUUGGGUACACCAAUAUGGAUGAGCCUCCUGAUUUGCAGAAAAUUAAGGAGUUGAAAGAUGGAUGUGACAUUGUGCCUUCAGGACUUCGCACAAGCUGUAAUAGUGAACAGGCUGUUUGUCUGGACAACCACAAGGCUUCAGAACCAAAGAACGAUGAUACCAUUAUGUCAAAUACUCUGACAAACAAAGACCAGCAUAUUCUUGAGGACAAGGAUGUCUCAUUACCAGUACACUCAGAAAGCAAACGCCUUCGGAAACCAAGCAAACGACUGUUAGAAUGGACCGAGGAGUAUGAUCAGCUCUUUGCAUCAAAAAAAAAGCAAAAAAAGGGAUCAGAAAAGUGUAGUAAGGUCACGGCUGAAAGACAGAGCAAGACUGCAGAUCAACAAGAUGGAAUUAGAUGCACACUGUCACUCAAAACAGAACUUGCAAAAAACUGCACGCAGUCAGCACAUAAGAAUGUACUUUCUGCCAAUCACAAAAUUCCAUCUGUGGAUAAGCUUGCCUGUUCUUCUGGUACUAUCUCCAUUUCCCCUGAAACUCCUCCACCUGUAAAAUCAACCUCGCCUCAAUUGUUGGAGACAGAAUUAUGCAAAACAGAGCCACUUGCCUCUAAUGAAAGUCCUGUCUGUUCUGAAACCUUUAGCCAGUCUCCUGAAACAGUGUGCCAAAAUGGAAAAAGACUGCGGAAACCUACUAAAAAGAUUUUGGAGUCAACUAUUGAUGUGGAUCCUAUUCUAAUUCCAAAGAAAAAGAUAAAGGGAGAAAUUCAUAAUAAUCAAAAGGUUUUCAAGAAAGAAGUGCCUGAAUUAAGUUCCCAACCUCCAGCUGGACUUAAACAGUCUGAUAGAAAAAAGAAGCAAUUACGGAAGAUUUCCUCAAGUUUAUGUCAAAAGAAGAGUAAAACAUGCUCUUCUUUAGUGGAUGACAUUCCAAAGCAAGAUUUAAAAGAAGCUCCUGAGAAAACCACUGCAGUGGAGAACUCUGUCUCAAGUCUGGAGGUUAACCCACCAGUAGUGAAAGAAGAAGUCUGCCCAAGUGAAAUAAGUGUAGGUGUUUCCACUAACAAAAAACUUCCAGGAGAGAAAGGUGGUGCAGCCUCCAUGAAGGAGAAUGUUUGUCAGAUUUGUGAGAAGCCAGGAGAGCUACUACUGUGUGAAGGUCAGUGUUGUGGAGCUUUUCAUCUGCAAUGCAUUGGCAUGUCAGAGAUGCCCCAGGGACGUUUUGUCUGCAGUGAAUGUACCACAGGUAUCCAUACUUGCUUUGUGUGCAAGAUUCCUGGUUCAGAUGUGAAGCGCUGCUUGAUCCCUGUGUGUGGUAAAUUCUACCAUGACCAGUGUAUCACCAAGUAUGCACCUACAUUGCCUCAGAACCGUGGGUUUCGAUGUUCAUUGCAUAUCUGUCUGUCCUGUUAUAUCUCAAAUCCAGCAAGUCCCUCCAUUUCUAAAGGUCGGCUGACACGAUGUGUGCGCUGCCCUGUGGCAUACCAUGCCACUGAUACCUGUAUGGCUGCAGGAAGUGUAAUCUUGGCUAAUAACAGUUUCCUGUGUCCCAACCAUUUUACUCCACGAAAGGGCUGCCGCAAUCAUGAGCAUGUAAAUGUCAGCUGGUGUUUUGUCUGUUCAGAAGGGGGAAGUUUACUUUGCUGUGAGUCAUGCCCAGCUGCCUUUCACCGUGAGUGUCUAAACAUCGAAAUGCCCGAAGGUAGUUGGUUCUGCAAUGACUGCCGUGCUGGGAAAAAACCCCACUAUAAGGAGGUGGUGUGGGUCAAAGUGGGUCGAUACAGAUGGUGGCCUGCUGAAGUGAGUCACCCAAAGAAUAUUCCUGUUAAUAUUCAAAGAAUGAAGCAUGAUAUUGGUGAAUUCCCAGUACAUUUUUUUGGAUCUAAUGACUACCUGUGGACUUAUCAGGCACGUGUCUUUCCCUAUAUGGAGGGAGAUGCAAGCAGUAAGGAUAAGAUGGGUAAAGGGGUAGAUCCAGUUUACAAGAAAGCUUUGCAGGAGGCUGCACUAAGGUUCAAGGAAUUACAGACUGAAAAGGAAAUGAAGCAGCUGCAGGAAGACAAAAGGAAUGACAAGAAACCCCCUCCAUAUAGACAUAUUAAAGUUAACAAAGUUGUGGGGAAGGUACAGAUUUUCACUGCCGACUUGUCUGAAAUUCCUCGGUGCAACUGUAAAGUAACCGAUGAAACCCCUUGUGGACAGGAUUCAGAGUGCAUUAACCGCAUGCUUCUGUAUGAGUGCCACCCUCAGGUGUGCCCAGCUGGGGAGAGAUGCCAAAACCAGUGUUUUACCAAGCGUCAGUAUCCUGAAGUGGAGAUCUUUCGAACUGUGGCAAGGGGAUGGGGCUUGCGCUGCAAGACUGAUAUUAAGAAGGGUGAGUUUGUAAAUGAAUAUGUUGGAGAGAUGAUUGAUGAGGAGGAAUGCAGAGCUCGAAUAAAACAUGCACAAGAACAUGACAUUUCAAAUUUCUACAUGCUCACCCUGGACAAGGAUCGAAUUAUUGAUGCAGGGCCAAAGGGCAAUCAUUCAAGAUUCAUGAACCACAGCUGCCAGCCAAACUGUGAAACUCAGAAGUGGACUGUGAAUGGAGACACAAGGGUCGGCCUGUUUGCACUGGUGGACAUUGCAGCUGGUACUGAACUUACUUUCAACUAUAACUUGGAGUGUUUGGGAAAUGGUAAGACAGUGUGCAAAUGUGGAUCUCCAAACUGCAGUGGAUUUCUAGGAGUCAGACCAAAGAAUCAACCAAGCUCAUCUGAAGACAAGGGACGGAAACUGAAAAAGAAAACAAAUAUUAAGCGCCGGUCAAAAUCUGAAGUUACCAAGGAGCGAGAGGAUGAGUGUUUUAGCUGUGGUGAUGGUGGGCAGAUUGUUUCUUGCAAAAAGCCAGGAUGCCCAAAAGUUUAUCAUGCAGACUGUCUGAACCUUACCAAGCGACCUGCAGGUCGAUGGGAAUGUCCAUGGCACCAAUGUGAUGUAUGUGGAAAGGAAGCUGCCUCAUUCUGUGAGAUGUGUCCUAACUCUUUCUGCAAGGAGCAUCGUGAAGGAAUGCUGUUUAUUUCAAAGCUAGAUGGACGCCUCUCUUGCUGUGAACAUGACCCAUGUGGUCCAGAUCCACUGGAACCAGGGGAAAUCAGGGAAUAUGUCCCUGACAGCGGUGCAGCUUCUAAGGGUUCAGAAAAAAAGACUGCAGGAUCAGUAACUACCAGCAUUUCCACUACUUUCACCAAAUCCACUGUUGACUCUACCACCAAUGGUACCAUCAAAACAAUGCCAGCGAAAGAGGAACAUAAACAACCUGAAGAGAGGAAAGUGGAAAAGAUUCCUUAAUCUUAAAAUCUCUCUAGAAGAGAGUCUAGGCUUACAUUUUUCACCUGAGAUGACUCCUCUUUGUCUCUUUCACUGGUAGACUGCAGAAUUUAGAAGUAGGUGUUCUGCAAAUAAAAAAAAUUCUACUUUUAUUUUGCAGCUAAAAAUGAGCAUAACAAGUCUCUUAGGAUGCCUGGCUUGCCCACACAAACCCCCCUACUUCCUCAUUCAUUUCUGAAAUUUUUAUGUUCCCUGAAAAUAUUUUUCUGCCAAUUAUGUUAAUUGGAAAAAGAAUGGGCAGCUGUCAAUAAUUAAAAAAGGGGUCUUCUACAGAAGACUGUUCAAAGCAAAGUGUUGCUUAAUUUGGCAGUGGAAAACUAUGUUACAUUCUCAAGUGUAGGCAGAAAUAUUUCUCUGUGGCUGUAACAAAACAUGCCGUUUACAGCAUAUAAAACCUGACCUUCUGCUGUAGAGUUUGUGAAGAUUUCUCAUCUAGAACGCUGCCAUUUUGAGAAACAGAAAUUUAAAUUAUAAAAUAGCAGCUGCCAUCUAGGGGUGGAUUGCAUAUUACAGAUUUUAUUUCUUGUGGCACGCACUUCAGAGUACAAAUAAUGAAAAAUAUUUAAUCCAUAAUCCUGUUUGUAAUCUUGUGUUGUCCUCAGUACUUCACCGCUUUCAUGAAUCCUGAAAAUAAUUCUAAGGUUCCUUACUACUACAGUAUACCAACAGGUUAAAAAGUGAGUCUAUUUACAGUUUAAUCAUAAUAAACAAAAACGGAAAAAUAGCUUAACUGGUCCUUUCCUUCCUUCCUUCCUUCCUUCCUUCCUUCCUUCCUUCCUUCCUUCCUUCCUUCCUUCCUUCCUUCCUUUCCACACACUUAAGUGAGAUAGAAGCAACUUGUUUCUGCUCAGUAUGGUGCUCCGCAUUUCUUGGUGCCUCCUCCAAACUUCAUCAAGGAACGGAUUCACUCUUGUCACUUUCUGUGUCCUCUUCCCUCACUCUCCUCACUCCUUUUGGUCUAAUUCCUGGUUGGACCAGUUUCAAAAUAAAAUCAACAAUGGCUCAGGUUUCUUUUAUGAAGCAGUGGAUGUUUGGCUUUGGUACUGACCAUAUCUUGAAUCCAGUUACUGGGCCUCACAUUACAUUUUUUAUUAUUAUGUCUCAAAGCAGAGUAUAAAACAGUUACAAUCAGAUAAAAGACAUUCUAUUUGCAAUUUAGUUGCUGCAGUAAAAAAUGCGUUCUUUUUUUCUUAACAUCAUGUUCAGAUAGCAGUGGACUUUUGAUGACCUUGAUGUUGUGAAAUCUGAAAUGGUUGUUGAAAUUCCACUAAUAACUUUUCUCACAACAUCCAUUCUCUUUGUUAUUUUGUUCUUGGCAAUGCAUCCCGGUGCACGUAGAAUCUGCACUGGCUGCAGUCGGGAAUAUAAAGCAGUGUUCUCAACGGACCUUUUUCUUAGGAUAUUAUCCAUUUUUUUCAGUGCCUUGCUUUGCACCUCUGUGACUAGCGUUCAUUCUGUAAGUCUCAUGUCAACUGUUAGUUACCGUAAGUGUUGUAAGUGCUCACUUGCACUGUAUUUUUUUAACACAUGGUUCAUUUGUACAAAACUUUGGAGAAACUUUUAGCAUCUUAAUGAAGACCCAAUUUAAAGAUGCCCAGCAUCAACCUGGGCACUCUUUGCCAAUACCUGGUGCGUGACAUCAGAGACACAGGUACAUUAUUCUUUCACGUGUUCUUUAAGCACUACAACCUAGCAAUAUGCAUUUUCUGCACUGUUGCAACUUUAGAAAGCACUACUUCUGUAAAGAAAUGCACCUUGAGGGAGUGAGCGUAAGGAAAUGUUUUAAUGGUUUAUGUGAAAAGAGUUUGUACAGUCUGGUUGAAUUUCACAUCACUCCCACAUCAUUUUUUACUGAAAGGCACACUUCUGCUUUGUGUUACCUUGUAAUGCUUAACUGUGGUAGAUGAUGCUUUGUUUGUACACGCCACCUUGAGUUUCAAGUUACCAGCUGUUGUGUACAUUGCCUUUUAUUAUCUUAGUACAUGUGAGUUGUGUUCCAGGCACUUGAUUCAAUGAGCUGUAUUCGUCUCUUUAAUAUUUGUGUCAAGACCACUUUUUUCCCUGGCAUCCUUUUUAAUGUUGCAAAUACAGUGGGCUUUCUGUACAGGAGCAGCUGGUUUGUUGCCUAUCACAAAAGUGAUGUUCUGAGUGUUUUAUUAAAAGAGACAUGACUGUGAUAGUUUAUUCUGUUAGUGCUUAUUUAGCGUGAAUGCAAAAAACAGAUCUACGUAAAUGAAUUCAUUUAUAGGUCCUUGUUAAAAA